GACGAGUGACGACCACUAUAUUAAGCUCGCACCACCAUUCCACCACCACCUGCCUCGGCGGCGGCGGAGAUAGUAUAGUAGACGACCGAUGUCGUCGUCGGGCGGCGCGGGCGCGGGCUGCUCGUCGCCGGCGCAGCGGCCGAGCCGGUACGAGUCGCAGAAGCGGCGGGACUGGCAGACCUUCACGCGCCGCGGGACCGGGCCGGCGCGGCCCGAGAACGCCGGCGACGGCGCCGGCGUCGGCGCCAACCCCUUCGCCGCGCGCGCCGUCAGGCUGUACCUGCGCGACGUCCGCGCCGCGCAGGCCAGGGCUCACGGCAUCUCCUACAGCGGGAGGAAGAAGAAGCGGAACAAGCCGCAGCAGCAGGGCACCACCUGCGCCGCCUCCAAGCAGGACGGCCACGGCGGCGCGGGCGCGCUCCCUCACGGGAACACCACGCCGUCAAUAAUAAUGGCUCCUGCGGUGCCGCCGCCACAUCACCAUUCAAAUCCUCCGCCGCCGCCGCCGCCGGCGUACCUCACCGGUGUGCCCUUCGAGUGCUGCGACCACGGCAGCGUGUUCGGAGGACCGACUGCGGCCAACGGUGCGGCUGGCUUCUACCUGCCAUUGCUGUUCAACACGUUUGGCUAGCUAGGGCAUUCUCCAUGCCAUUGUUGCCUUCGCUCAAUCUUCACUUGCUUGCUUCUACUUUUUUGUGUGUGCGGCGGCCAAACACGUGUUCAUGUACGUGUGAAUUGUGAUAGGGGGAAUUCAUGUCAUGUAUUAGCGUUUUUGCAUGCAUUUGGUGUGUACAUUGAUUUAUCUUUCAAGUGGUUUUUGGA